AAAAUCAGACAAUUCAGAUACCCUCAAAACACCACGAACCGCUUCAAUUCCAUGGAAAAGUCUUCGUUAUGAUCUCUCCGAGUCGAGGCCUCGUUAUGAGAGCCUGUCGCAUCCAGUGCCGUUUCGCGAGCUCUACUCCUCGACCUCCCCGCCCUAAUAUCAAAACACCAACAUCUCGCCCUCCACCCAAGAUCUCAAAAACUUACAAACCAAAGCCUCAGCGUCCUCCCUCUAAUUCGUCGACCUCUGCAACCCCUGCACAAGCCGAAACCCUCCGCGAUCUCUGGGCAUCGACAUGGCUCCCUCUGACCGGCGCAGCUCUUCUCGCCGGUGCCCUUGGCUUCUACAUCUUCGGCACAGCUGCCGCAUCAUUCAAAGCGACGCCCUGCAGUUGCACCGGCGAACACUCCACACCGACCGGUCGACCGCCGGCUCUUGAUGGCGACAAUGCAGAGCAGUUCGACAAGGAGCUGGCUCUUCCUGAGUGGUGGAUGGGUAUCACGAAGCUACGAAAGCGCAUAGCGGAGCGCGCGAACGGGCAUGUGUUGGAGUUGGCAAUGGGCACAGGGCGAAACUUGGAGUACUUCAACUGGGAGCCAUUGACCCUGCGCGCAGAGGGCAAGGCUGGUGCCAGGCUACCAAAGGGCGUAGUAUCGUUUACUGGUCUCGACAUUUCGGUUGAUAUGAUGGAUGUUGCUCGAAAGCGACUCGUCAAGACUGUUCCGCCCAUGGAGAACUCUGCUCCCAUCGUCCGCGCAUCUACCAUGGCCGAUCACACCGGAGGCCAACUCUCGUAUCUCGAUUCCCAGCUCCGAUUAAUUCAUUCCGACGCUCACCACCCAAUUCCCGGUCCCGCGACUCCCGCGACGACCAAAUACGAUACAGUUAUACAGACGUUCGGUUUAUGUUCAGUUUCAGACCCCGUCGCUGUAGUCAAUAAUUUGGCGAAGGUUGUAAAGCCAGGAUCAGGCCGUAUCAUUCUGCUCGAACACGGCAAGGGUUGGUACGGUAUUGUCAAUGGACUUCUCGAUAAGAAUGCCGGCAAACAUUUCGAAAAAUAUGGAUGUUGGUGGAAUCGCGACAUCGAGGGCCUAGUCGAAGAGGCUGUCGCUAAAACACCAGGCCUUGAAAUCGUCAAGGUCGAGCGACCGAAUAUAAUGCAAAUGGGCACAUUGGUUUGGGUUGAGUUGAAGGUCAACGACAAAGCCUCAUGACGUCUCAAGGCAUCACAUAAUGCAAAUG